AUGGCCGCCGACGAUAAACAAAUUAUUUUGGACACCAAAGUACUGUCUCUGGGGAAGAACGAACUGAUCGAAUUUGCCUUGUCGUUGAAGAUUGAUAAAUCAAAGGUAGAAGGAAAGAGUAAGGUACAAAUAAUUAAAGAGAUUCGUAAUGCACUUGAAGUAAACUUAAGUACUUUUACCGAGGAAGACGAUAAAGUCAACUAUUUAGAUGGGUUAAUUUCUGCCUUAAAUCCCGAGACAAGCGAAACUGGGGCCAAAAUAUCGGAAGAACAAACUGAGAUACAAAAUCUCGAGAAGGAAUUGUCGGAACUCGAAAUAAAACGAAAGGAGAUUGAAGAUAAACUGUCGCAUACGAAGAAAUCUAAAAUUUCUGAAAAUGAAAGUGGAAGUACCACUAAGAUUUCUGCUGAAUCAGCAAAAUCACCUUUGUUUGGGUUGAGUUCUACGAUUCUCCAUCGAGAUUUCAAAAUCCAAGGUAUUAUUGGGCAACCCUCCCAAAAAGAUAAGUUGGGCUACCAAGCUUUGAUGUCUCAGAUAGAGACGGGUAAAGAUAAAGGCUAUUCAGACAAAGAAAUUAUGACCGCUGUUAUUCGGGCUGUGCAACCGGGGAUGCAACUUAGAAGUUAUCUUGAAAGUGUGAGUGGGUUGACCCUACCUAAAUUGCGCAAAAUACUAAGGUUCCAUUUUCAUGAGAAAAAUGCGACGGAACUUUAUCAAGCACUGACAAACAUGACACAACAACCAAAUGAAGAUCCACAAGCAUUUCUUAUGCGUGCGCUUACUAUCAGACAAAAGAUAAUUUAUGCUUCAAAGGAAAGCGACAGUGCUAUUAAGUAUGACGGCGCAUCUGUGCAAAGCUUAUUCCUACACGCUCUUGAGACUGGGUUAAAGGAUGAAACUAUACGUGCCAAAAUACGCCCAUUGACCGACAAUGCUAAUGUGUCAGAUGAGCAACUCAUCGAAGCUGUGUUUAUGGCUGUUUCUGCAGAGACAGAACGGAGCAACAAAUUUAGCCAUUCUCUAAAUAAGGUUCGGGACACGAAAGCUCGUGUUUCUGCACUACAGAAUGAGGAAAGCGUGGGCGAAAAGAGGGAAGUUUUAGCUGCAAUUAAACAAGUUAGAACUGAGUUAUCAGCAGUGCAGUCUGAAGUUAAAACACUUCGUGAGGCGGUUAGCCAGCGAAAUUCUAAAGAACAACCCGAAGGCGAAAGUAGGAAUGUAGCACCCACUAAGAGAUCAAAGUGUGACAAGUGUAAAACAUCUGGGGAAGAAUGUAAUCACUGUUUUCAUUGUGGUGGGUUAAACCACAUAGCACGAUAUUGUCGGUCACAAUCAAGAAACCCUUCGGGAAACGGUCGAAGGCUACCCCCGCGGGACAGGGAGUAG